AUGGCGGUGCUGGAUCAGAAGAAAGAGGAACGAGAAGAGGGCCGGCAAUGCUUCAUGUCUCGGGAGUGUUGGUGCUAUCGAAGACGGCUGGAGCGAGACUACGCUGGCCAGGACUUCAACCUGGAUCGUGCAGAGUGGGACUUCGAUGAGUACUGGGGAAGUGUCCUCCGCAGUUCGUACUCCCUGUUCCAGGUUGUGACGCGCGACAAGUGGUCGGACUCCUUGGUAUGGCCUCUCGUCGAAGAGAAUCCAGGGUUGAUGGUGGUGUUCAUCUGCUUCCUGACGGUUGCCAGCUUGUCUCUGAUGAACUCCGUGAUUGGUGUCGUCGUUGAGAGCACCUUAUCAAGCGCACGAGCUACGGCAGAUCGAGAGAAGAAGGUGAAGGAGCGAAUUGAUAAGUUGGUGCUGCAAUCCAUGCGCGAAAUCUUCGAAGCAGCAGACACCGACAAGUCUGGACGGAUUGACAAGGACGAACUGCAAGCGUCCUUCCGCAAUCAUCGGGUCAAAGACCGGUUGAAGCUGCUCCACAUACCCUUCAAGGACCUGGAAAUGCUUUUUGGCAUUCUUGACGAUGAGAACGACGGUGAGAUCAACACAGACAAGUUUUUUCGCGGUGUCGAGCGUCUGCGAGGGCAAGCUGCCGCUUCUGACCUGCACCAGAUGAAUAUAGAUUUGAACAAGCGGUUGAAAUGGUGUGACUCGCACCAAAAGGAGGCCCGGGCUGCGGGCGCUGUGAGCGGCAGAAGCGAGCAGUGGGUUGACAUCCUGUCGUUCCCGAGAUCUGAAAGCUGGGUGCAGACCGGCGGGCUUUUGAUUCAGGCUGCAUCCUUUGUUUGGAUUGCUGUGUGCAUCUGUGUCUGUGUCUGUGUCUCUGUCUGUCUGUUUGUCUGUUUGUUUGUUUGUCUGUCUGUCUGUCUGUCUCUCCCUCUCGCUAUCUAUCUAUUUGUCUAUCUAUCUAUCUAUCUAUCUAUCUACCUACCUGCCUAUCUAUCUCUCUGUCUGUCUAUCUGCCUGUCUUUUUUCUAUCUAUAUUUCUUUCUUCCUCUAUCGAUACAUACACAUACCUGCACAUGUACUUAUAUGUCACGUGCGCAUCUAUGUUUCAUAAGCUACGUGUACUUACGUGUACUGUAA